AUGCCACCGGAACCGAAUGCAGACGCACUGGACGCUUGUACGGAAACAGUCAGCGCCUAUACGCGUGUCCACAAAGGAAAACGUUUUGUUUUCGUAGACACGCCGGCGUUUGAGCAAGACAAGUUUCAAAGCAUAUCGAUGUGGUUGGGCUUCAUUAACCCACACUCGAACAGAUUCCGGAGGUCCAUCAUGCUUACCGGCGUGGUCUAUACCCAUGAUAUAACAGUCAAGUGCUCUCGCACUGAAGAACGCAACUGCCGGAUCUUGUCUAAGAUGUGUGGAGAGGGAGCGAUUGAUCGGCUACGCCUGGUGACGACCAUGUGGGAUGAUGCCAGUUUACCGGAAGCCAUCGAAGUGGAGAACGUACUGAAGGAAAAACAUGCCAAAUUGCUUCUCGACGCAGGGUCUGGCUACGAAAGGUUUGACAAUACCCCGGAGUUGGCGUGGAAGAUCGUGGAGGGCCUAGGGGAUAAGAAGAAAGCACUCAAACUUCAAGAGGAGAUGGUGGAUAACAUUGUGGACUGGCGGAAGACAUCUGCAUUUAUUGGAAUCGUACUCCAAUGA